UACGCGGAAGUCUUCACUUUCAGAACACAGGUGCAAACAAACUUACUGGUCUUUUCUGAUAAAAGAGGCUAAAUGAAGCGUGUGUCUGUAACUUUAAUGUAAGUCUGAGCUGAAAUGUCUCACUUUAAAGAAUAUAUCGAUAAACUGAGCCGUUAUUAUGAGCGCUAUACUGAAUAUGUGAGGAGGAAUCCAGCUGCUACUGCACACCUGGAGAGCACCGUGAGGACGCUGUCAUACCUGAUAGCAGGUCGAUUCGCUGAUUCUCAUGAAAUUUCAGAACUAGUGUACUCUGCCUCCAACCUGCUGGUGCUAUUUAACGACAGUAUUCUACGUAAAGGACUGAGAUGUGCCUUCCCUGUGUCCCUCUCUCAGCAGAGACUCCUCACCUGGCUCUCCGUGUUGGAGUAUGUGGAGGUUUUCCUGGAGAUGGGAGCCUGUAAGCUGUGGGGGGAAGUUGGCCGCUGGCUCGUGAUAGCUCUCAUUCAGCUUUUUAAGGCAAUUUUCCGCAUCGUUCUUCUUCUGUGGUACAAGUCUGGCAUCCAGACUUCACCUCCCAUAAUCCCCCUGGACAGAGGAGCAGAUUUUGUCAGUGAAGAUGAAGCUGACAGAGAGCAGCAAAACGACACAUGCUUUGUGGGUCAGAGAUCAGGACGGGUCAUCAGGCCUCUGGGCAGUGCUCCCCCCCUGCAGGCCCGGCUGUGGGGAGAUCCGUCUCAGAGGAAGAGGAACGGCAGCUCAAACAGAGAGACGCUCAACAGCAGACCGACGCAGCUCGGGCUGCAGGAGACAAUUGCAGAGAGCAUUUACAUCGGACGGCCGCUUAUUCACUUGCUGUGUCUCGGCCUUUGUGGGAAACAGUCGUGGAAGCCGUGGCUCAUCUCUGGAGCCCUCGAACUAUCCAGCUUUGCAGUGCUUAAUGAAACAAAGUUUGAGAACCGAUGGGAGCGAGCCGAGAUGAGGAGGAGAACCUUUCUGUUGCUGUACUACCUUCUACGAUCACCUUUCUACGACAAAUACUCUGAGGAAAAGAUCCUGUUUCUGCUCCGACUUCUGGCCAAUCAUAUUCCAGGAAUUGGACUGAUUGCACGUCCUCUGAUGGAUUACCUCCCCAGCUGGCAGAAAAUCUACUUCUACAACUGGGGUUAAAAUCUGCUGAUCUGAUCUUAUGAACGAGGAUACGGAGGAAAAUGCAGCGUCAGAGCGGAGCACAGAGACCCUUUGAUUCCCUAAAAAAUCUGAUUAAAUGAGGUGGAAAUGAUGACAUCAAGGAUCUUCUUAAAGCCAAGUAUCCUGAUUGAUUUUGGAUUUUUCUGCAGCAAGAGAUUAAAAUGACUAUUUUGUCUAAUUUGCUUAUAUAAAUAUAUAUAUUUUUUUGUUUUAUCCUUGCAUCACACCAACAUGAUGCUGAAAAUAUUUUCCUCUUUUUUUUUUUUAAUUUUCCUCUUGUCAGAAGACUUCAUACUCUUAGAAUCUGUGAUGCACUGAAGAGUUUCUACAACAUGUCUGCAGGUUUCUAUGGCUCAUUUUAAGGCCUCAUUCCAGACCUUUGAAAGCCCACGCAGUGACGUGUAUGUCAGAGUCUGCAGCAUUUGAUUUUGGUAAAAUCAUGUGAGAUAAUGAACGUUCAAUUCUACCAGGAAAAACAGGAUUGUUGAGUGUUGAUGAUGCAGAUUAAAAGUCUUAAUUAGGAGAUAUUUAAACAAACUAGAACUGAGAUUAAAUGAAAAAUUAUGAAAAAAAGUCACAACUUUGAGAUCAGAAAUUCAAAUUCUGACAUAAAAUGUCUAAGUUGCGAAAAUACAAAGUAAAUAGAAUAAGAAAAUGUUCUGUUGUCACAGAAUUGUAAAUCAUGAUCACGAGCUAAAAAGUUAAAAAUCUGAGAUAAGAAAAUAAGAUAAGAAAUCAUAAUUAUGAGAUUAUUAUUAUCCUGUCUUCUCAUAAUUUUGACUUUUUAAAAUUCUUAUUAUAUUUCUACAAAUCAUUCCUAUGACAUAAAAAGUUAUUAGAUGUUGUACUGUCGUUUUUACUGGUCUCAUAACAUUUAUUUUACCUUCAUUUUGACUUUCUGUCUCACAGCUUGGACUUUUUUUUUUCUUAGAUAAUUAUGAUUAUCUCAUAAUUGAACUUGACUCCCUGCCCUGAUUGGUUACUGUUGUAACCAAAAAUCUUGUCAGCGGUCACCUUUCUAUUGAAACAAUUGAAAAUACCUCACUGUUUGACUAACUUUUAUCUGUAUUCGAUCAGAUUUUUUGAUAAACUUGUCCUCAGUGGAAGAAUAAAGGCACAGAAGGGUGUAUAAGGAUAAGCUGAAAAAUGUUCUAAAAUGGUUUAAUAUUAUAAAUGUCUGCUAGUGUUAGCAGUCCUGUGUUUGCUAACAGUCUCACCUGCUCAGAAAUCAGUGAUCAUUUCUGGAGCCAGGACUCUGAAACAUCCUCUAAAUGUCACCAACAGGGCUUCAGUACACUCAAAAACAUCAGACAUGGGAAAUAUUCUCCAUGAUUUUAACACAUUUUAGAUUUAUCUAGUGACCCUCACACACCCUACUGUAUCUUUGUCUUUAGACUUUCCCGUUCAUUUAUUUAAAUGUCAAUUAAAUAAAGUCAACUCAAACUUUUUGUUCAUUUGUUAAAAUGGUGAAGAACACAGCAAGUAGAGCAGGAGUGUCAAACUCAAUCACAGCAAGGGCUGGAUUCUAGAUUCAGGACUAACCAGGGUCACCUUUUUAACCAGAAACUGUCAACCAUGUUUCACUGGUAAUAAAAUAUGAAAAAAAAAAAAAAGGUCCAAACAUGAAGUUGCAAUUGAGAAAAUAAUGUUUUUAAAGGCAAAUAUAUU